AUGGCAAAUAAAGAAAAUCUAUUGGUGCAGACAGAAAAAUUAUUUGAGACGUUAUUGCAAGAGGGGAACAAAUAUUUAUUUGCCAUGGAUGACCUACGUAAUAAAUUUAGAAAAGAUUCGUUUGAGUUCAAGAAGAUAUUAUCCCAUAUAGAUAGUUAUUCGCGGUGUAAGACACAAUUAAGGGAGGAUAUGGAAGAAUUCAAAGAAAUGUAUGAUUAUGAUACUGUGGAUGACAUCAUAGAUGACGAUGAUACAGAGGAGGGUGAUGAGAUGGAAUAUAUGCAGAUAGAAAUGGAAGAAUAUGAAAAUGAGGAUGAAGAUCUUCUCCUCGAAGAACAAUUUCGUCAGUUUCGUAAUAUAAUGUAUCGAAAGAAUAUUCUCGCGAAUAUGGAAAUGAUAAUUUUGCGAAUGUUAAAUGUUGAUGAAAGUUUUGUAAAUUUUCAAAUAUGUGUGUACUCAAAGUUGAAAGUUAUUUUAAAAGAUUAUUGCCAAAGAGUUCAAGCAUUUCUGAAACGCAACGAAGCACUUCUAGAAUCGCAAGAAGAUUUAGAACAGAAUCUAAUAAUUAAAAGUAUUCGGGAUAAAUAUAAACAGCUGCAGCAGCUCUUGAUUAAAUUGAUCGAGGGUCAGAUAUUUUCUUUGGAAUUUGCGGUGUAG